AAGUUUCAGUUCGUGCGCUGUGAGCUGUGUGAGAGCUGGGCGAGCUGUGAGCUGAAGGCUCUUCCCUCCGAGGCCGGUGUUUGUGGAAAAGCAGAGAGAGACGCUGCUCUGCCUUCACAGCGGCUGGCAGCUCAACUUCCUUCCUGCGUUCUUUCUUUGUACGUUAAACCAAACGCAGCCGAGCGCUCGAAGCGAACCGAUGAGCGCAGCGACACAUCUGCCUCACACCACCGGACCUGGAGUGAGCUGAACCCUCAGCGAGUCCGCGGCGAAGGCUCGAAGCACGGCGCUCAGACUGAGGACUGGGCUCGUGUUUAUUUACCACCCAGACUGACUGACGGUCACUAACCCGACGCUCCACACGGGUCCAAAAACACGCUUCCCUGGAUUCAUGUAUCAGCAGGGAAUACAAUGACUGAAUGAAGCACACCGGCUUGUGUUGCUAUCUGAGUCCACUUUUUGUAACCCCGACUUCAUGAUGGUUGGCUGCAGAGGCCAGUGCAGUGUCGAUGACUAGGCCUAAAUGGGAGCACUUAUGGACAGAGCCAGCCUGCUACUAUGGCUGCUUAUGCCCUGAACAGCCUGAUCAUGAUGAACCCCAAUAACCUGACUGAUAAGAGCAGCCCACGGACUGGGAGGCCUGUGCUGCCGGUGCCGGACCGCACCACUUACUGCCCACUGCUGGGCGGCAGCCCCUGCAGCCCUGGUAGCUUGAGCCCUGGCUCUUCUGGAAUGGCUUUUGUCUUUCCCCCGGUGGCGACUUCCUCCAGCAGCUCAAGGGCACGCUCACCGUGCCGCCCGCUUGACCAACUGGGGGUGAACGUGGGGACGCGGGUGCGCCGACUGAGCGGGUCCAGUCCAGAGGAUGACCUGGAGGAGGCGGGGCGGCGUGCCGCUCAGCAGCUCCAGCGCAGCCGCGAGCUACAGAACGUGGAAGUGAACAAGAAGGUGAACUUAUUUGAGGCGCAUAUAUCUGCUCGGGCUCAGAGCAGGGAGCCCCAUCGGAGCCCACGGCCUCCGAGGCGAGCCAGCCCAAACCGUGUCCCCCUCCCUCAGCCAGACGUGCUGUGCCCUGUCCCUGUCUUGGGGAUCUUUCUGGAUGAACAGUGCAGGGACCACCUUACAGGGAUCCCCAAGGAGCUGCAGAAUGGGAAAAACUGUCGUGAGCCAGAGGGACACAUAGAGGAGAACGACACGGGCUACCCAAACAUGAAAGAGGGCAGCCCGCAGUGGAGCAAAUCAGAGGGAACUUGGAGCGGAGUUGACAGCCCUCUCAGCAGCCUCUCCAGCAGCUCGCAAGAGCCUAGCAAUGACUUGGCCACCUCUGAGCGAUCUGAGACAUGGACUGAGACUUGCUUGACGGAGGCCAGGGCUGAGCUAGUGGCAGCACAGCCUCAGGGAGAGGAAGAGGGCGGCUGCCCGGAGGUGGCCGCAAUCCCCGCAGUUAUAGUGACGGACCACGGCAUGGAGGCCGGCGGGGAGGGCCAGGAGCCUGAGGUUAGCCCGCAGAUCUCCCGAGCCCAGCGGAAACUCUCCUCCUCGUCAGCUUCCUCCACAGGUUUCUCCUCCUCCUGGGAGGAAUCGGAGGACGACAUCUCCAGUGACCCGGAGCGCACUCCAGCCUUCUUACAGACACAGCAGAAAGCGCACAAAUCAUGGAAGAAGAUCAAGAACAUGGUGCACUGGUCCCCUUUUGUGAUGUCCUUCAAGAAGAAGUACCCUUGGAUCCAGCUGGCAGGCCAUGCAGGCAGUUUCAAGGCGGGGGCCAACGGCCGCAUCCUGAAGAAGCACUGUGAGUGUGAACAGCGCUGUUUGGACUGGCUGAUGAAGGAUGUUCUCAGACCGUAUGUACCAGCGUACCAUGGUGAUGUGGAGAAGGACGGAGAGAAGUACAACCAGAUGGACGACCUGCUGGCCGAGUUUGACAUGCCCUGCGUCAUGGACUGCAAGAUGGGUGUGAGGACGUAUCUGGAAGAAGAGUUGACAAAAGCCAGGAAGAAGCCAAGCCUGAGGAGUGAUAUGUACCUGAAGAUGAUCGAGGUGGACCCAAAUGCACCAACAGACGAGGAAAAAGAGCAGAAAGCGGUCACAAAGCCUCGAUACAUGCAGUGGAGGGAGACCAUUAGCUCCACAGCCACGCUGGGCUUUCGCAUUGAGGGCAUCAAGAAAGAAGACGGGACAGUAAACAGAGACUUUAAAAAGACCAAGAGUCAUGAGCAAGUGACAGAGGCCUUCCAUGACUUUGUCAAAGGAAACAUGAAUAUCCUGAAUUCCUAUCUCACCCGACUAAUAGAACUCAAGGACACUCUGGAAAUCUCUCCGUUUUUCAAGACACAUGAGGUGAUCGGCAGUUCUCUUCUCUUUGUCCACGACAAGCAGGAGCGGGCGAAGGUGUGGAUGAUAGACUUUGGAAAGACCACUCCGCUACUUGAGGGCCAGGUGCUGAGCCACCGGGCCACAUGGGUGGAGGGCAACCGUGAAGACGGCUACCUCUGGGGCCUGGACCAUCUCAUAGACAUUAUCAGCCACAUGGUGGCACCAAAGCCUCUUUAGAGAGAAAAAAUGUCACCCCCACAUCUCUCUCUCUCUCUCUCCCUCCCUCCCUCCUUCCUUCCCUCCCUCCGUGUAUGUGUGUGUGUGUAAUAUAUAUAUAUAUAUAUAUAUAUAUAUAUAUAUAUAUAUAUAUAUAUAUAUAUAUACACACAUACACACACACACACACACACACACACAUAUACUCCCCCUGGGUGGAUUGCCCGCACUACAGUACAGGACCUGCCUGGGUUACCAUAGAAAGCUACCCCAAUGACCUUCCCCCCAAAACGAAAUGGCAGCCAUGCAUGAUGUAUGUGUGUGUAUGUAUGUAAAGAUAUAGAUACUGUACAUAUAGUGUAUAGAGUGUACAGUUUUUUCAGUAGGUGUUCUGAAUGGGUUCUCUGCAGUUAGUGCUUCGUCGACGCAUGUUUGAAUGUCACAUUCCUCUUUUUCGUCCUCUAAUGUGAUGUUUGUAUGAUGCUAUAGUGUUAUAGUGUAAAGCACUCGUGCCUUUUCCUCACUGGUGCCAGUCGGGUUUCUGAGUAACAUGUUCCCAAACUUUUCCUCAGGUACAGUACUGUGCAAACGUCAGAGACCGCCCUUCCCAGUCAAAACAAGCUCUAUGUACAAGUUGUUUCAGCACCAUGAAAAUAAACAGGAGAAUUAUAGAGAAGCCUCAACAAGCAAAUUACAUUUUUUCAUUAUUUAGUGUGUCCACAUUUCCCUUUUUCCUUUUCUGUGCUUUCAGUUUUGAAAGAAAUCUGCAGGGAUAUUUCUCCACAUUUCUGAAGUUCAGUUUUAGAAGUUGAUUGCAUUUUCAGCUACUUGCUAUUUAAAUAAUCCUAAACACAUUCAGUGAUGUUGAGGGUCUGGAGUCUGUUGUUCUGAAAAGGCCAUCAGCUUUUGCUUCAUUUACAGAGACAUUCUUCCAUUUUUGUCUCUUUAUCUGAUGGUUACAGUUUCAGUGGUCUGCCAGGUCUGUUGUUAGGUGUCGCGUUUUCUGUGUAACUUUCCAUUUUUUUUGCAUUCCUUAACAGAGGGGAUUAUCUCCUGUCUAAUCUCCUCAGAAAUAUCAAAUGAACUUCAAUGUAAUGACUGUUUUGACUGGAAAUUAAAUAUAUAGUCUCUGACUUUUAUACAGCACUGUAUCAGGAAAGAGGACAUUGGAUUAAGGUUUCUCGUCAUUCCUUAGAUCAUUCCAAAAUUUAGCACACAGUUAUUUUAGCUGAGCUUUAUUUAAAUCUGAACUUUGAGGUCCACAUCUAGGUUUUUAGAAUUUGAGACAUUUUAGUGAUUUUAUCUGAUGAUUUGGUGAUUUUUUGCUAUAUUGUAGUUCUUACCUGGGCAUAAUAACUGACCAUUAUCGUAGUGUUAAUAAUGUGCCUAUAGUCAUUUAAUAUGAAUGCCUUUUGUAGAACAAGUCAGACGGCUGCAUUUAACUGUGUGUAGGACUUGGACUGUGGUCUUGUUCCUAGCCUGGUUUCUGCAGUUAACGUUGCCUUAAUCAUAUGGCUGAGGCGAGAGGUGAGAGCCUGAAAAUGAGUUCAGGAUCAGCAUGUAAUGCAUUAGUACACGUCUCAGAGCAAGAGUGCCGAGCUAGGAUCACCUCCCACUGCCUCUGCCUCAAAAAACAGCUUCAAACCAAGUGAGAAACAGUGUAACCUAACAAACUCAGUGCCUUUGAGCUUCUGACUGUUGACCUGUUACUAAACCCACACAGCGGGUUAUAUUGUGUCUUCAGCUCUACAGUUUGUCUUUAAACAUAAUAACUGCUGACCAAAAGUGUGUCCACUUAGCUGGCGCUGAUACCCUUACAAAAGGGUGUCAAACUGGAUUCUUUCUGGCCCAUUUCCCUUCUUCUGACACUCCCGAAUUCAACUCACAAAGGCCUCGCUAAUUAGCUCAUUUAGCUGAGUUUUUUGACUUCAGUCAUGGAGGAAGUCCUAUAUGUAUUGGAUUUUCAUUUCUUUGGGAAUUCAUUCAAUUGAUUUUCAGAAAUAAUUCAUUCACUAAGAUGUAAACAAAGUAGUUCAGGGAGUAACGAUAUGAAAUUGUGCACUGUACAGUAACUUAGGAUUUUCUUUACUGUGGUGCUGAUAGGAACCAGGGGUCACAGUUUCCACAAUGCAAAUAUAGCCAUCUAAAAUAACCAUCUAAAACACACAGUAUGUAAAAUAGUGGUAAAUAAAAAAAUAAGUUUUUUGUUGGGGGUUAUUUUGCCUUCAGACAUCCUGGAUAGACACCUUUCUGCCAUGAACAAGCUACCAAGAAACACUCAUUAAGCAACAUAUUUGUAACCAUUUAAUAACUUUGAGUUAGCUUUUAGAUGCAUUAGACGCUUGGGACAUCUGGUUCCUAUCACUGCUGCUGUGAUGUUCUGACUCAGUUCUGGUUCCUUAACGAUUUAGUUAUGCUGAAUUUUUAAAAUUGAUUACUACUAAUCUAGCUGGUUAGUGAACCAAGGGGUAGGCCACCAGUUUUGAAAAUUUUCCACAUUAUUAUCCGAACGUCUGAAUUAAGAAAUUCAGAGUGGUUUAAUAUGAAAUGCUUCAUUGUGGAGAAACGUACUAAAGAAUUUGUUGGCUCCCCUUUAAAAUCAGCCGUUGAGCAGAGACAGCACAGUGCAGUGCUGCUGGGACCUCCAGGACUGAAGUCAGGAAACACAGUAACUCAGUCCUUCGUUCUAGAGAUCUGGGCUGCGUUCAGGUGUCAGGCUGUGGAAAAAAAUGAGUCAUGACUUUUUGAGCUUAUUUCGAGGUGAAGUGAAGGCAUUUGCAUGGCCAUUUGCUAUGCAAAUCCACCACUCCUGCAUACUCAGCUGGGCCAAACAGUCAGACACGAGCCAAGGAAAACCAAAGGUGGCGAUAAAAGCUCAUUUGUGGGCGAGAAUGGCCACGGCCCGCUGACAGAAGGCCGAGUUCAGCAGCUGAUGGGCCGUGGCUGAUGUAAACUAGGGCGAGAGGGGCCUGCGGUCUUUCAGCGGUGUAAACAGUCGACGUCACCUGGACUUUUCCUCAUUAAGCUCAUUUGCAGUCAAGGUGAAAAGCGACCUUUUCUUAUUCAGGAACUGAAAGGGCAGACAUGGGCAGAUCCCCCCCUGUGUGCUCACCAGUUCCCAAAAUCACAGACCAAAGGCAGAGGUAGACAAAAAGUCACUUGUUUCACUCGUGCCUUGUUCUCCUUUGUUUGCAAACCACUGAUCUAUGCAGCACAGAGCGAGUUAAAAAAGCCUUAAUUUUAAAGAUACUGACCACGAGGUGAAUGUCAGGAGGGACCAAAGCAUGGGUGUCUUCUUUUAAAGCACAGCUGAUGUACCCAAAAGUUCUAAAGAAGUUAUAGCUCUCUGGGACUCCAGACUGAGUGCCUGCUGAAGCUGAGAUGUAGGAGUGGGGCACCCCCUGCUGGAAUGGUGCUGAACUGUGUAGAACAAACAAGAAUCGACCAAUCUUCUGCUCGUUAUGUCUUAAAAAAAAAAAAACUCAGAUUAAUCAUGUUUGUGUGAGGUGAACAUGCAUGAAAGAUGUCAAGGGUGUCAUACACAUACUCAUAUUUAUUGUCUGUGACAUUUUGCACAAGAACACUAAAUGUAGCUGCAUGUUUCCUACCUUUCGUUGUGGUUAGCUGCACAUUUUUCUCGAAUUGAUAGUCUAGCAGCUCACUGUAUUUUCGGCUCGGUAAAAAGACACGUUUUUUUUUAGAGGCGCGAGGAGAAAAACCUGAGGUGGCCUUUUGUUUUCAGUUUGUGGAUUAUGUCCAGAGUCAAAACAAAGACAAUAACGUAAUACCGUUAAUAAUCAGUAUGAACGACUGCAUUGUCAAACUGCUCUUCCCAGCUUCUCAUUUCAAGGGACAUUGAAGGCCUUUUUUAAAAACCUGCUCUGAUGCUGUAAACUGCGCCAUAUUUGCCAUGUCAAUCCUGCUUUGCUGUACAAUUUUAUGGAAGUAAAUGAACAAUUGGUCAAAUGCU